UGGCAAUAACGUGGUAGUCUGUUGCUGACUUUGAUCCCCCUUAGUAAGAAAAUCCAAUAAAAUAUGUUUCAGUCCCACAAACACAAAGCCUAACUAAUAUCUAAUCAUCUACAUGCGCAAAAAAAUGAUUAGUACAAGAGUGAAGGGUUAGAGGCAGUUUUUUGAUUGCAGCGUUACUGUUUUGGAUUACGGUUUGUGACUUGUAUUUCUGCAAUAUGGAUGACAUUGACCCAUACUUCUCAAUGCAAGAGGAGGUUUAUAAGAAUCUGCAGCUAACUAAAACACUCUAUGAAGAUUGGAAGGGUGGUUCGGGUCCUGAGGAUACAAAAAUACUCACUCGAAUUCGACAGACGAUCAAGAAUAUUGACUGGGAUCUAAUGGACUUACAGGAAACUGUUAGCGCCGUUGAAAGUAAUCCUAUGAAAUUCCGUCUAUCGAAUAAAGAUAUAUCAGCAAGACGUCAAUUUCUGUCAGAAGCAAAAAGUGUUAUUAAAGCUGUAAAAAGUAAUCUACCCACAUCAAAUAUGGAUGGAGCGAUAAAGAAUUCAAAUAUUGAUUUUACGGUUCAUAUGGCACCACCGCCACCAUCGACACAACAACAACAACAGGAAGGCGUUUCAUCAUUUUUAUCACCACCGUCAUCACUGCUGUCCAAUGGAGAUGUGAAAAUGAAAGAGGAGACAACACAGAGAAUCCCCUCCAAUAUGACAACAACCCAUUCCUAUAAAACAUCAUCAAAUAUUUACUCAUCACCAGCAAAUCAUGAUCCGCUUACUCAACAAAAACAAUUACUUUAUGAACAAGACAAUCGGUUAGAUCAAUUAGGCACAACAAUAUCAAAUCUGAAAGGAAUGUCACAACGAAUCGGUGAUGAAUUAAGCGAUCAAGUCGUUCUGCUGGAUGAUUUCUCUAGUGAAAUGAUCAGUACAGAGUCUAGACUGGAUUCGGUCACUAAACGAACCGCUCGCCUAUUACAUUUGAGUACAGAUCGUCGACAAUGGUGUGCAAUAUUCUCUUUGUUAAUUACCCUGAUAAUUAUAUUGAUUUUAUUGGCUGUUCUUUAAGAGUGUGUGUGUGUUGCUGGUGUCAAUCAAUCAUGAUGGAUCCUCUGUGCUGAUUUCUCUCUCUCUCUCUUUUCUCUAUUACACCUAUCUAACCUUGUUCUAUGUGUUGUGUAUAUGUACCAUUACAGUUCUUUCUUCUUCCUUUCUUUCUUUGUGAUAUGAUCUUUUGUGAUUUUCACUUCUGAAGGUGUGGGCUAACUGGGCAUAUUGUGCCAUGUUUUGACUUCCUUCCAAUGUGAAGAAGAUGUCCUGUCCAUUUUGUUUCUUUAAUACGUGUGUGCGUGUAUAUGAGUGUGUUCAGAGUACUAUUCAGCCAUACUUUUUUCUAUUCUCUAUCCAUUGUCUGGUUAUCUUGCUUAUCUUUUGUGUCAUCCUGUAAAUUUGUUGCACUUUUGCGUUUACACUUCUCUUUUUCUCUCUCGAAAGUUCCAUUUUCAUCAUUUGUUGAUGAUUUCAAAACACUCCCGGCUUAUCUGUGAUUUACCCUUGUGUGCGCGUGUGUGUGGCGCCUAUUGUUUUCUUAACAUAAGAUGAUGAAUAGGGAAGAAUUGAGGAGAUAAAUAGAAGAAAAAGAUCAAAUUAAUUGUCUUGUUUUAAUGUACUUUUUACUUCUUUUUGUUUUUUUUCCUUGAUUUUGGAAAUGAUUCAACGUUGUUUUUUUUUUGAAAGAAGACGAGUUUACUUCCAAUAAAUAAGCUUUGUGUUUUU